AUGGUGGCAGGUCAAACGGUGGACUCUUAUAAUAAUGAGGACAUGUAUUGUACUCAAUAUGAUUAUUACUCGGAUUUCUAUAUACAGCAACAGGAUUCAUGUCCUCAACAAGGACAGCAACAUCAAAUUUGUACAGUUCAUGGAGACUAUGUAAAAUUCAUUUCUGCGGAAACUUAA